GACUCCUUCACUGCAAGAAUUUCAGACUUUGGAUUAGCAAAACUUUUGGAGAAAAACCAGACACGAACUCUUACAGAAAUUAGGGGAACAAGAGGAUAUGUUGCUCCAGAGUGGUGGUUGAGAAACAAGCCUGUCACAGUCAAGGUCGACGUUUAUAGCUUUGGAAUUCUGUUGCUAGAGCUCAUUUGUUGUAGGAGGAGUUUUCAGCAAGAUGAAGAGGAUGAAAACCAAAAGAUAUUGGCUAAUUGGGCAUAUGAUUGCUAUGAAGAAGGGAGAAUGCCACUGCUAGUUCAGGAGGAUGAAGAGGCAAUGGAGGACAUUAAGAGAGUAGAGCAGUUUGUGAUGAUUGCCAUUUGGUGCAUCCAAGAUGAUCCAUUGCUGAGACCCAAUAUGAAGAUGGUCCUACAGAUGCUAGAAGGAGCUCUUGAAGUUCCUUAUCCUCCCAUCAAUCCCCAUUCAUCAGUUUAAUUUACAUCUACAAAAGCCUCAUGAUACAUUAUCAUUCUUCUGAAGUAAUUUGAUUGUGUGGUGUGCAAUCAAUCUUGUACGUAUACUUUGCAGCCAAAUUACAUUUUAACAAUCAAUUUGAGAAAUUAAA